CAACUCUUUUUUAUAUUAAAAAAAAAAGAGCAGAUGAUAAAUAAAUGUUCCAAUGACCCUCAGGAAUAUUUUUCAAUGAUCAAACAUGUGAAGACAAUCAAGGGUAUGGACCUCUUUGUGUGUGUUUUUGUUUGACUAAAUAAUUGAUGAAGUCAACACAGCCCUGUGUGCGAAUAAUUGCAUUUUUUACAUUUGAAAUUGGAGCUCACCGUUUUGAUAUGGAUCCAGUGGGAGAGAAGAAAUGGAGACAUAUUUUGUCAUGGAUUGCAAUAUCAAUGACGCUCGUUGUUGCAGUUGUGGAUGGUAGAGAGUGCAGUUUUCCAGCCAUAUUCAACUUAGGGGACUCCAAUUCAGACACGGGUGGCCUCACAGCAGCUUUUGGACCUGCGCCGCCCCCCAAUGGAAUCACUUUUUUCCACUCCCCUGCUGGACGCUUCUCCGACGGUCGCCUCAUCAUUGAUUUCAUAGCUCAAAGCUUUGAUUUGCCUUAUCUGAGUGCUUACCUGGACUCUGUCGGCUCAAACUUCACUCACGGAGUGAAUUUCGCAACCGCCGGAUCCACUGUCAGACGUCAGAAUACCACGUUGUUUCAGAGUGGAUAUAGCCCCAUCUCCCUUGAUGUUCAGUCUGUGCAGCUCUCUGAAUUCAAAGCAAGAUCCAAACUGGCUCGCAAGCGAGGUGAUUUGCAAACAUUAAAGUGGGAAUUGUUGCCCAAGGAGGAGUACUUUUCUGAGGCUUUAUACACCUUUGACAUUGGCCAAAAUGAUAUCACUGCUGGCUACAAGCUAAAUAUGACCUCAGAGCAAGUGAAGGCAUACGUACCAGAUGUUUUGACCCAGUUCUCCAAUGUCAUAAGGAAUGUGUAUGAGGAAGGUGGAAGGUCGUUUUGGAUCCACAACACAGGCCCACUCGGAUGCCUACCUUACAUGCUCGAUCGCUAUCCAAUGAGUUCAGAUCAAAUAGACAAAUCUGGAUGCGCCAAACCCUUCAACCAGGUUGCACAGUAUUUUAACCGUAAAUUGAAAGACACGGUUAUGCAGCUGAGGAAGCAGCUGCCCGAGGCAGCAAUCACCUAUGUUGACGUGUACAGAGUGAAGUACAGUCUCAUAAGCAAUGCCCAAAAAUACGGUUUCGAGGAUAGGGUGAUAGCAUGCUGUGGGGAGGGAGGGAAGUACAACUACAAUAACGCCGCAAGAUGUGGCGCCACCAAGGUCGAGAAUGGAAAGAAGGUGCUGAUCGCCAAGUCCUGCAAAGAUCCAAGUGUCAGGAUUAUUUGGGAUGGGAUCCAUUACACUGAAGCUGCCAAUUACUGGAUCUUCCAACAAAUUGCCAAUGGAUCCUUUUCAGAUCCACCCCUGCCUUUAAAUAUGGCUUGUGAAUUUUGAUCUUAUUAUUGUAUGUGUACUAAUCAUUACCAUGGACGUAGCUUUCAUGGGAUGAUAUGAUAUGUUAAAAGGAGAAACUUCGAUAAGAAUUGGCAAGUGCUGACAAACCGUACCAAAUUGUAACUUUUGUGGCCACAAGUGGCUCAUAAAUGAAGUUUAUUUUGCUUGCUUA